AUGGCCGACACCUUUUUGUCGCUGCCAGAGUUCUUUGAAAACGACAUAGGCGAGAGUCUCCUAUGCCGUACGGAGACGCUCGGGUCCUUCCGUGAGCUGGGUCCUCCGGAUUUAUGCCAUGUGCUCAAGUCGAACGGACGCAAGGAGGUUGGGUCCUACCACUAUGUUUCGGGCGUAGACGCCUCGUCGUCUGCGACGCUCGCGACGUACAUCACGAGUCUUGCAUACGAGAUGGAGCACCAUCCCGCGUGGUUCAGUAGCAAGUCGCCCUAUAAGCUCAAGGGCGGCGUGUACUGCUGCUUCAACGCAAUCUCGCGUGUUGAUCUCCGCGUCGAGGUCUGCAUUCCGGGUAGCGUGCAGACGUACGUGGUGAAUGUGCGCGGCGAGCGCCAAGAGGCUACACCAGAAAUCUGGCAAGAGACCUACCUUUCGGCGGUGCUCCGCGCGAUCCUCUAUGCGGAUGAUGCCAACUACCGCCUCGCGGGCUACCGUAAGCUCGACCCCAUUCCGACCUUGGAGCACGAGUUCCGAUUUUUGCUUGCUGCCGAGAACCUCUUUUUCAAGGGCUGGCAGCUGGGCAGCGAGCCCGAGAUACAGGUGGCCACGAUUGUCCACAACCAUCUUUCAGCAGGCAUCCUGAAAUACUUUGGCGAGUCGUCGCGGUACGAGCAGGCGGUGAAUCUGUUUGAGAAACUGUGGGCGCGUGAGCCAGAAGUGGCAGCGUUGGUCGCCAAGUCGUACCUCGGCAUGAACCAGGAGGUGAAGGCCGUACAGAUUAUGCACCGUUCGCUGCAGCAAAACCCGCACAGCUACGUGCUCCUUCACGUCCAGUGCGACUUCCUCCGGAAAAAGGGACAACUGGAUUGGGCUAUUCGGCUUGCAAACCAGGCGGUAAGCUGCGCGCCGAGCGAGUUUGUCACCUGGGCCAAGUUGGCCGAUUGCUUGGUGGAUGCCGGUGAGUGGUCGGCGGCGCUCUUCACACUCAAUUCGUGUCCCAUGUUUACGUAUAAUGAGCGGGAUCUGCACCGCAUCCCUGAAGCUGCCCGGACGCACUUCCCGAUUCGCCCUCUUGCGGCGCAGAGCAAGCUGCUCGACGAAGACAGCGCGAAUGACAACGAGGCCGACGUCGCUCUCCUCCGUUUGCCUGCCCCGGCGUUGCGCGGUACCUUUGCGAGCGCAUACGGCAUCCUUACCAAGCUCGCGAACAAGAUUGGUUGGGACGAACUGCUCAAGUGCCGAUCGGAAGUGUUUGUGAUGGAAGAAGAGUACCGCACCCAAAAUCCUAGCCAAGAAGAGGUCAAGCAAGGUGAAGGAAGCGAGAAGUCUGGUUUGAUGCAGCAGCCGGAAGCAGCAGGUGCUGCGGAGGAAAAUGGCGCUCUUCCGAAACACAGGCAUGAAUCGGGACAUUGGCUGUCGUUCACAGACAAGCGCCUGUGCGAACGCUGGCUGGAUAACCUGUUCAUGGUGCUCUAUGAAGACCUGCGUGUCUAUACGAUUUGGCGUGCAGAACUUGCGCACUACCAGGCGCAAUCGAUGCCUUUCCGCAAGACAGGAACGGACUGGGAGAUCUUGGGCGAGCUGGCACUCCGCCUGCACCACCCGGAAGAGGCACACGAGGCAUUCCUGCAGUGCAUUGGGCAAAAGUUUAGUCCCAAGGCAUACCAGCGGCUUUUGGAGCACUGCGUCGAGAUCAACAAUCUGGAGCAGUGCUUGUCUAUGGCUCUGUACCUCACCGCGUACAACUACCGCUGGUAUACCGACUGUGUCUUCCCCGGGGCCGUCGCGACGAGUCUCUUCAAGUUGAUCAACACCGAGGGACUGAGCAAGGUCUCCAACACGCUCAUUUCCAUGAAGCCUCCCCCGGCUAUGCUCCGUCUGAUGCAACGGUACUUUGCCUACGCGCAAGAAUUCCGGAUUCCCGGGUCGCAAUUCUAG